GGGAAGCUGGUCACAGCAGUUCUUUUGGAACCCCUUUUCUGGCACUCGAGUGCUGACGAGGCCCCUAAAUAGAAUCUAGUGGGCUGUCUGCACGUACCCCUUGCGCGCAUCCCAAGCUAUCCCUCCUGCGUUGCUGGACAGCACUUGAGACCUAUUCCGCCUUUCUUUUUGACACUUGUCGCUGCGUCCUUAGCCAGUUUAGCCCUUCGCCUUCUCGACGCUCUCUACUAAACCCCGUUUUCGAACCAUACAUCACUUUCGCAAUACCCAGACCUCGAGACGGUCAUCAAAUCCAGCAUACCCUUGCUCGCACUUCCAUUGCCGUCAUCAUGAGGUUGCGACAACCCCGGAGGCACACUCUCCUGCUCCUGCUCCCUGCACUACGAGUCCUCGCUGCUUCGGCCACCAACGCAGAUGACAAGCUGGUCGGGCGAGCCGUCGUGCCCGCUUACAGCACUGUCAGCGCUGGACCAGACCCAUCGCUUGCACCACAAGCUGGUUCCAAAGGCACAAAAGAUGCGCCAGUCGAUGGCUUUGACGGAAAGCCCCACCAUGGCCCCUACGUCGACGAUACGCCCGCGUCAUCACACAAACUGCCUGCUGUCGUCGAGGACCUGACGCCGGGCAAGACAUCAGGCAGCUCCACCAAGGGCUCAACCUUGGUGGAAGAGGGCAAGGCCGUGCUGGAUGGAGACAAGAGCGUCAUGCAGGAUCCGGGCAGGAAAGUGGCAACAGGCAAGACAGGCACAGAGGGUGGCGUGUCGGCAAAAGACAAGGAGCGUGUGGCGCACGAGGAGAAGCACGGCGAGAAGAUGGAGAAGGUGCCCGAGUCGCCCAAGGAGGUGCCUCUCCAGCCCCAUGGCGGGCAGCAGCAUCUGCAGGGAGACACAUCUGACGCAGAGGCUGCCACGCGUGUACUUGGUGCGGCAGGCUUGGAGAAGCCCACCGACCUCCCAGACACACCUCAUGAUAUCCCCCAUCCCGUUCCAGGAGGCCUCUCCUCCAAGGAUCCGUUAGCCACAACACCAAACACCAAGACUCCCGCUUCCAACAUACCAGGCGACGAUACCGCCAGCGGCGUCAUCCAGCCCUUCCACUCUUUCGUGCUAUCCUUCACCAUGAUCAUCUUCUCUGAGAUUGGCGACAAAACAUUCCUUGUUGCUGCGCUGAUGGCUAUGCGACACCCCCGUCUCCAGGUCUUUUCCGCUGCCUUCUCCGCGCUCAUCGUCAUGACCAUUCUCUCCGCUGUGCUCGGUCACGCCGUACCAGCAUUCCUCAACGAAAAGCUUACACACAUGGCAGCCGCCGUUCUGUUCCUCGUCUUUGGUUUCAAGCUCAUGAGGGAAGGACUCGCCAUGAGCCCCGACGACGGUGUUGGAGAAGAAAUGCGCGAAGUGGAGCAGGAACUCGAAGAGAAAGAGCAGCAGGCUCGCCACAACAAGAACCGUCGACGAUCCUCCAUUUCGCCAUACGCCCUCGAGUCUGGCCAUCUGCGACGUUCGCGAUCAAACUCCCGGCUGCCCGCUCCUGCGCGAAGCCCUUCCACCUCCCCAGACCGAUCUCCUUCGCCAAACGGGUCCUCGUUCUCCGGCAUUCUGGGCGGUCUGAACAACCUCCUUUCUUUGCUGCUCAGCCCCGCAUGGGUUCAAACUUUCGUCAUGACCUUCCUUGGUGAAUGGGGUGACCGCAGCCAGAUUGCUACAGUCGCUAUGGCGGCAGGAUCUGACUACUGGUGGGUCACUGCUGGCGCCAUUGUUGGACAUGGACUGUGUACUACUGGAGCGGUCAUUGGUGGCCGUGCUAUCGCCGGGCGAAUCAGUAUGCGAAAUGUCACUCUCGGCGGCGCUAUUGCCUUUCUUGUCUUUGGUGUCAUCUACUCAUUCGAGACUUUCUACCACGAGUGAAGCUCUGAAUGAAAGCACUAAAUCACGCCUUGGAGCUCACAUGCCCAUUGUAAAAAACAAUUUACACUCACUAUUCUCCUGAUGCGUUGAUCAUGCAUUGUAUUAUUAGUUGUAAUGGCUGGCGGGAUACUUCGAAACGACCAAAAGGUGGCCAUACGGUGUUGAUUGGAUUGCAUAUCGGAGGCUGAAUUGCGGAUUACUGGGAGCAUGUAUGAGACGCGGCGUGGUUUCGCCAACAAUCAACCAAUUUCUUAUUUCCAACUCGAGCUCUUGACAUGGCUUAUAUGCGCGUGAACUUUCUAAAAAACCCGCUGAGUUGGAAGAAUUCUAAAUAGAAAAGCACUCAGAGAAUUGACC